AGUGGCCCCGUCGCACCAGCUCCCAGAUGGAUUCACCGCCAUCCAUCUCGGCCGCUUCUCCUUCCCUUCGCUCUCCCUCCUCCCAUGCCGGAAGCCGGCGACGAGAAGCCACAAGACGCCGACCCGGCCGCCCUCAGCCGGGAGCUCAUGGACCUCGAUCUCUACCUCGACGGCUCCCCCGGGUCGUUCGAUCCCAUCGCCAUCCUCUCCAGCCCGCCUUCCUCGUUUCUCCUCUCCUCCUCCUCUCCUUUCCCGAGCCUCACCCAGCUUUCCUUCCCCCCUCCACCGUCUCCUCUCUCGAUAUUCGAGGAUGGAGCCGCCGAGAUCUCGAGCUCCCUCGCGGACUGCCCCCGAUUCAUCGACGCUAAUGCUGAUGCGACGCAUGGGAAUGUUAAUGCGAACAGUAGCAAAGCAAGGCAGCUCCCAAUGUCAGCAAUGAAGGAGAAUUCUGAUGCUUCGUGUGUGAUAAAGGAGAGGAUGAUGCAGGCACUGAGGUACUUCAAGGAAUCAACAGACCAGCAUGUACUGGUUCAGGUUUGGGCACCGGUGAAGAAAGGGGAUCAGUGUUUUCUCACCACUUCAGGGCAACCCUUUGUUCUUGAUCCUCGGAGCACCGGGUUACUUCAGUACAGAACAGUUUCUCUGACGUACAUUUUUUCAGUUGAUGAAGAUAGCGGUGGAUAUCUGGGGCUUCCAGGUCGGGUUUACAGGUAUAGACUGCCUGAGUGGACACCCAGUGUGCAGUACUAUAGCAGCAAGGAGUAUCUACGCCUUGCCCAUGCCCUCAAUUACAAUGUUCAAGGGACCUUGGCCUUGCCAGUUUUUGAACCUUCUGAUCAGUCUUGUGUUGGUGUGGUUGAACUUGUAAUGACUUCACAGAAGAUCAAUUACUCUCAUGAGGUUGACAUAGUCUGCAAAGCUCUCCAGACAGUAAAUCUGAAAAGCUCUGAAAUCUUGGACCAUCCAAACAUUCAAAUUUCUAAUGAAGGGCGCCAAGCAGCUCUGGCUGAAAUUCUGGAAAUACUAACUGUUGUUUGUGAAGCACAAAAGUUACCUCUGGCUCAGACCUGGGUUCCAUGCAAGCAUGGUACCAUCCUAACACAUGGUGGUGGUCUGAAAAAAAAUUGUUCAAGCUUUGAUGGAAGUUGCAUGGGACAGGUGUGCAUGUCAGCAACUGAUAUUGCAUUUUAUGUUAUUGAUGCUCACAUGUGGGGAUUUAGGGAAGCUUGUGUAGAACAUCAUUUACAAAUUGGGCAAGGAGUUGCUGGCAGGGCAUUUGCAUUACGGAGGCCAUGUUUUGCAGAAGACGUUGCCAAGUUCUGUAAGAGUGAGUACCCCCUUGUACACUAUGCUUGGAUGUUUGGAUUGGUUGGCUGUCUUGCCAUAUGCUUACAAAGUACUCAUUCAGGAGAUGAUGAUUACAUAGUGGAGUUCUUCCUUCCACAAGACUGCAAGAAUCCUGUUGAGCAACGGGCUUUAUUAGACUCUAUUUCAACCUUGAUGAAAAAUUGUUUUCGCAGCUUGAAAGUUGUUAGUGAUUUAGAUCUCCAAGAAGGAAUAUCUUUUGAAGUCAUUGACAUGUUUGCAUAUGAGAAUCAUGGAUGUGAACCUAAACAUAUCUGCAGUCAAAAUUGUGACGCUUAUGUUCAUACAUCCCCUGAAACUCAUAUCCCUGAGGGCCAUGAUGAUUCACAGAAUGAGGGAAAUGCAACUUCCGAUGCACUUAAGCAACAUUUGCCUCCACAUGCAAAUGCUGAGAGGGCCAGCAACAUACAUUUUGUCUCAGGUAUUGGUGGGGCAUCUAGUUCUUUAUUGAGCAACAAAAACAAUGGAGCUCCAGAAAAGAGUGGCAAAGCAGAGAAAUCGUUCAGUUUAGAGGUUCUCCAACAAUACUUCUCUGGGAGUCUGAAAGAUGCUGCAAAGAGUCUUGGAGUUUGUCCCACUACAAUGAAGCGCAUCUGUAGGCAACACGGGAUUUCCAGAUGGCCAUCUCGUAAGAUCAACAAGCUUAACCGCUCUCUUUCCAAGCUGAAACGAGUGAUGGAGUCAGUUCAAGGUGCAGAAGGAGCAUUUAAUUUGUCUUCUCUUGCAUGUCCUCUUCCUGUUACUGUUGGUUCCAUCUCUUGGUCUGUUAAUUUGGAUGAAUCUAAAGAGAGCAAAGGUGCUGUGAAAGAUAAUGUUUCAUCACCACAUAAAACACCCGAAAGAGAUGAUCAGCAUGACAAACUUUUGGCUCAACUAGAACUUGGUCAUGGUCUUCCCAGUCCAAAGGCAGAACCUGGUAAAGACUCUCCUUGUUCGAAAACAAAAAGUUCUUCAGAAGGGAGCGUAGAGACCCCUGCUUCCCAAGGUUCAUGUCAUGGAUGUCCGGUCAAUAAAACCUUUUGGGAUAAUGCAUCUCCUCUCUCCAACUUGAAACAAGGAACAGUUGUUACUGAUCCUUUGGAGUUCACACUACAAUAUGCUGGUGGUCCAAACCUGCCUUCAAUAUGCUUGAUGCCUGGCGUUAAUGUGGCAGAGCCUCAGCCGCGGCUUUCUAGGAUGCUGAUUGAAGAUUCAGGAAGCUCAAAAGAUUUGAAAAAUCUCUGCAGUGAUGCAGGGGAGGGUUGUGAAGAUGAACAUGCAAUGGCUGCUGAUCCAUUGCCUCCCAUGGUCAUGCACGAAAUGAAAACGGUUACCAUCAAGGCAAGUUACAAAGAAGAUAUAAUUAGAUUUCGAUUGCAAAUCACUGCUGGCAUCAGUGCAUUGAAAGAUGAAGUUGCAAAGAGGCUGAAACUUGAAGUGGGCACAUUUGAUAUCAAGUAUCUGGAUGAUGAUCAUGAGUGGGUCAUGCUGGCUUGUGAUGCAGACUUGGAAGAGUGCAUAGAGAUAUCAGGAUUAUCAGCUUCACAUGUGAUCAGGCUGUCAGUUCAUGACAUUGUGCCGAACCUUGGAAGUUCUUGUGAGAGUUCAGGAGAUUGAGCAACAGAGCUCUGUGGCUCUGUCGUUCAAGUGUACAUUUUUGUUUUGUGAAUUAUCUCAAGUUGCAUCAAUUUUUGAAGGAUCAGAUAGCACCUGUAAUAUACGUGAAAAGCUCAUUUAAAGUAAAUUUCUCUUAAGUUUUUGAUGGAACUCUAAUAAAUAUGGACUUUUUUUGUUUUGUGGAA